AUGGAGCCACAUCCCAUGACGUGUGAUCUGGAUGAAGGUCGUCUGAACGCUAAGUGUCGCGACCGAAAGUUUACUACGUUCCUGGACUUGAAGUUUGAUUAUCACACCGCGUUCAUAAACCGCCUACGCGAACAUGUCCAGAUCACCAAGUACAGCUGGAACGAGCUUCAAUCCUUCGAGUCCAAGAGGCGCUCAUGUGCUGAAACAUUUGUGGAAAAGUACGGCAUGACAUACUGGGGCGCCGAAACCCGCAAGAGUUACCUGCUACCAGAGGCUUUUGAAGAGCCCGAAUCUCUCUGUACCUACCCAGAACGGAAAGAUGAAAUCAUUCGGACGGUUGCUCUCUUGCUUGAAAGAAAGGCAACCAGUGCUAUGAGGAACAAAGAGAAGCCGGGCUCGAUGGAGCUGAGUACGCCCACUCGACGUACUUCUGCUUCCGUGCCACCAGCCUGGGGGAAUUCUCCCUAUGCUACAUCAACUUCAAGCCCGGAGGUUUUCAGAUCUGCAGUGGACCACACAAAUGAUGGAGAUAAACUCAAGAGAGGGGCAUCCGACAGACGUAAGACAACAGAUUGGGGCAUGGACGCCUCAGAACCCCCUAGCCAAAAGCCUAGAAUCUCAGCACCGAGUGGUAUACGCCCGUUUAGUUCCAUCUGGGGUCAUGGCAAGGAGAACAAAGGUAACGUUCCUCCCGAACCAACCAGCCUGGAAGCGGAUUGGACCAAUGCUGGUGAUAAGACAGGCGCAACUGCCGAAAAAGCGAGUAAUCAAGAGGGAAACUACCCGAAUGAUACCAAGUUCUUGGUGGAGGCUUCGAACCAAGAAGGAAUGGCUCCUGUCUGGGUGUCUUUUCAGAAUUUCCCGUCUGCAUCUUCGUUCUUGGGGCACAUGGCGGCUGAAUGCAGAGUGGAUGAGUGGAGUCCAUCCAGACAGAUCUUGACUGAAAACUCGGACUGGCAGACUGGGCAACUGGUCCUUGCAGCUUCCGUCAAGUUUGAAUGGUCGGAAUUUGAAAUUCGUGUCCGCCAGGGGGUCGAUCACGACCUAACUAUUGUCCUUCAGGAACUACAGAAGGCCUGGAAGUCCAAGGAGCUUAAUCUGGAUGGUGGUUCAGUUAAGCAGUUCAGAAUUAAAGUGAUGCUUCACGUUGGUUGA